AUGCCAUCAACGAGUUACCAUCAUGUUGUGAAUAUAAGAAAGGAGGUAGAGUUAUUUCCCCUAGCUGCAAUAUUAGGAAACAGGGGAAUCUCAAUACAAGUUAUUAUUGCUAUCGUUGUUCCAAUUGUUGUUGUUUCCUUAGUGGUCUUGCUGGUAGGCUUACAUUUCUUGACUGGGAGAACGAAGAAGAAGAAGAAGAAGAAACAAUGUGGUACUAUAAAGGAGAGAAAUGAAGAAGAUGACAUUUCGACGGUUGAGGCCCUGCAAUAUGAGUUUAACACUAUAGACCUUGCUACUACCAGCUUUUCUGCUGACAAUAAAAUUGGAGCAGGUGGAUUUGGUGACGUGUACAAGAGCUCGUUAUUGCUUGCAGUAGCAGCGACGUCGUCGUCGACUCGACGAGAAGCUUCGCUGCGGCUGGUGAUGUUGGAGAUGGUGGGUGGUUAG